GUGACCGUUUCGGAUACAUGGCUGAAGAGGAGCUGCAACUGGCCCCAGAUCCCCAGCCUAUCGAUCAUCAGGAAGUGGGACGCUUCUUCACCCGGUUUGACGGGGAGCGGUACGAGCCGAUCGCUCCGCUGGCCAUUCUCUUCCCCGAGCCGCGGCGUGAGCAUGAGUCCAAAACGAGCUUCGUGGAGUCUCUGAUAGAUGGCAGCGACAGCGACUGGGAAGACGACGUCGAGGAUGAAGAGGAAGAAUGGAGACGGGCACGUCCCACAGUGUGGAUGGGCGUUUGGCCAGAGAUCCUUGCCGAGGACUCAGAUGAUGAGGAGGACACUGAUGAUGUUGCCGUGGCCGGUGACGGUGGCCCGGUGGACCACUGAUGGGUGCGUUGAAUUGUGCGGAAAAUCACAGGCGUUUUCUGAAUACCUUAGCUGCCUCAGUUACUCUGUAUGGCUGUACAUAUGUGCAUAUUGUUGUGCAGGUGUUUUGUUUGCAUCUAACCCAUGGCAUGUCACUGUGAUUUGUCACGCUGUAUUGACGCCUUUUAUCCCAGGCAGUCGGUGCUUGCAGACAUAACGUCAUGAUGCUGUUUCUCAGGUGCCUUCAUUUGUAUGUGAUAGUUUUCUGUGCCAUCGGUUGUUUAUGUCAUGCCGGCUUGAGAAAUAUGUGCAUAUGCCACCUGUACAUUUGUUUGUAUCAAGAGUGAUAUGUGACGAGUGAUUUCGUACCUGGCAUGCAGUGGUGGCUGUGCGAAAGCUCAUCAGUGAUAUUUCGUCAAUUGUUAAGGCAUUGAAAUGUGUCCAUUGCUUUGUUCAUAUCUAUGCUCAGGCAUUGAAAUGUGUUCAUUGCUAGGUCAUCAUGGGCUAUUGCUUACAUACCUGUGAUAUGUUUUCAAGUCUUGUGCCUUCAUUAACGCCGAUAAUUGUGUCCUGUUUAUCUACAUUUAUCGGCGGUAGAUAGGCAGUUGGUGAUUGCGGAUGUAACGUGAUCAUCCUGUUUCUCAGGCCCCUACAGUUGUAUGUGAUAAUUUUCUGUGCCAUCAGUUUUGUAUGUAAUACGAGCUUUAGAAGUAUGCGUAUGCGCCAUGUCUACAUUCAUCUGUAUGAUAUGAGUGAUAUGUUACGAGUGAUUUUGCCCUUGGCUGUGGGAAGGCUCAUCAGUGAUGUAUGGUCAAUUGUUUAGGCGUUGAAAUGUGUUCCUUGCUGUGCCUUAGGUCUUCAUGGGCAAUUACUUGCAUAGCUGUGAUAUGUUGUCAAGUCUUGUGCCUUCAUUUUCGCCGAUAAUUGUAUCCUGUACAUGUACAUUUGUCGGUGGUAGGUACCACGUGCCGUUGGUAACGCAGUUUUACAAAGGAGCGACUUCGGGCUUUACGUGCGUCAUAUGGCACGAAGCCCUGCAAGAUGUGUA